CAUAUGCAGCUCCUCCCUUCAGCCUCACUACGUUACAUUUUGUCGCACAGUGAGACGCACACUGAGUUUUGUGCGCGGUCAUGCAGGUGAAGAUCCAGCCCUCUCUAAGGAUGGGCACCUUCCUCCUCCUCUUAUUCCUCAUCACCUCAGAGGAAGCCCACGCAGACUUCAUCAUAAAAAAUGUGGAACUCCUUAUUGAUCCUAGUAGUGAAGUUCAAAGGGGUACAAAUGUUACACUCACUUGCCGGGCAGAGAUCAGCUACAGCCAAGGGUCUCACCCCAACUACACAUACAUAUUCUACAAAGAUUACAACAAGCCAUUAAAAACCAGUGCUACGGAUCACCUCUACCUCAUAACAGACUCCAGAGUGGGUCACUCUGGGAGGUACAGAUGUGCCGUGGUCAUUGAGAAACAAAACAAGGAGAGCAGUAUUAAAGAUCUAACAGUCAAAGGUCUACAGACACCAGUGCUAACUGUGGAUAAAAUAAGGCUAACAGAAGGAGAUGAUUUAACUGCUACCUGUUCAGCAGAGGGUGAAAUCGGUUCGCUGACAUUCUUCUUUAAAAAUGCAUCUGAGGAACUUUACAGCGAGGCCACCCGUGAGCACCGAAUUGAGCAGAAGCUGUCUCUUCCUGGGGGAACUGGGAAUUUGUUUUGCCAGUAUUCUAUCAACCUGGGUAGCACAAUUGCAUUUUCUGACAACAGCAAUUUGAUCAAGGUUAACAUUCAAGAGUUGGAGAUCAAACCUGUUAUCACAGUACAUCCAUCAACAGAUGUUAUUGAGGGCGACACCAUAAGCUUCAGCUGCACUGUGGACAUGCUUCAGCAGCAAAAUUCAGAACUCAGAAUCAUUCUCGUUCGUGGACCAACCACACUCACAAACAUGACGAAAAAUGAAUACAGCAUGCAUGCCAAGGCUAAUGACUCUGGGGAAUAUGAGUGCAUUUCACAAAUGGGUGUUAUUCACAAGUCUUCCACUGUGAACAUAACCGUACAAGAACUUUUCUCAGUGCCAGUUCUGAGCAUAAGCCCAGCUCAGGUGUUUGAGGGAGAAUACUUCAUCGUCACCUGUCAAGUCAACAGCUUUGCCUCAGAAAGAAUCCAAAGAGAUGAAAUAAAGUACUCAAUUUUCAGAGACGAUGCACUUCUUAUCAGGGAGGGCAGUUACAGUGUCACUGCAAGCAAAGAGACCAAUGGAAAAUACACGUGCAAGGCUGAAGCGAAUGUGAUUAGUAAGAAGAGUUGGAGUUUGGUGUUUGAAGCAAAAGUUUUUGUAUCCAAGCCUAAGAUCACAGUAGAUGGUCCCGUUAUUGUGGGUAAGCCAUUUAGGAUCUAUUGCCAUUCUGACAAUGGAAGUCUGCCCAUAUUUUACAACCUAAAGAGGAACCACUUCAAUCUAAACUGGACCAAGGUGUCCAGCCAUCACGAUGAGGCUUCCUUUUUGGCCACAGUAUCAACUCCCGCAGAAAUCAGUAGUUACUGGUGUGAAGCAAAGAAUAACGGCCCACCCAAAAUGAGUGAAAGGCUUAAUGCAUCUGUAAUAGUUCCAGUAGGGAAGCCCUUACUCACAGUUCUUCCAGUACCAGGGAACAUCAAAGAGGGUGAUAACAUUACUUUGAUAUGUGGCAUUCCGAAAGGCUCUCCACCCAUAAGUUUUAGGUUUUAUAACAGCAGUAACUCACAUCUUCAUACCGCCACAGUUACAAGUAAUUUGUCCGCAUACAUACUGACAGAAGUGAACAGACAGCACAGUGGAACGUACUACUGCGAGGCGUUUAACCAAGCUGAAGAAACAAGCCAGAGUGACCCCAUCACUUUUAAAGUGGGCCUGGCAAUGUGGAAAAAGGCCUUGAUUGCUACAUUCAGCAUGCUGUUAGUAGCCCUGCUGGUCCUUUUCUUCAUGAUGCGCUACAAGGCCAAGCAAGGUAAAAGAGAGAUGGCUGCCAAACUAUCAGUAAAGCCUGCAAGCCCUAAAUCAGAUGAGAUUUUAACCCUGAAUCUCACCAAUGAUACUCAUUAUAGCGCUGACAAAGUGAGGGUCAAAGACAAAGAGAGUGUUUGGAGUGAAAGACCCCUAGAUGUUGCUGAUCAAGAAAUUGCAGGGUCACCGAAUGAAGGCGAUGUGGAGUACACAGAGGUGGUUCAUCCCCAGCAUCUAGAUCCUGCACGAAUUCUUCUGAGAAAAGGCACAGACACUGUGUACAGUGAGCUUCAGACUUCUCAAGGGGCUGCUGAGCACUUAAACCAUAUGUGACACCAGCACAUUUACAGCAUGGAUGAAGCAGGGGUUUUAUACUGCCAGUGCCCAUGUUCAUUGUUUUAACUGUAAUGCACCACAACAGCCAAGUGACUUGCGUGACCCACCUUAUUCCCCUGUGCUACCCACUUGAGGGGCGCAAUCCACAGUUUGAGAACCCAAACCUCUGAUCUAAAGGUCCAUGCAUCACACAUCAUGGCCACUCUGCAGAGGUAAGGGAUGUUUUUACACUUAUCCUUACAGAAAUCCCCCGGUGGUGCACAGCAUGUUGUAUUUCUAGCUCUACUUUUUACAUUUUCUAUUUUCUAUAGUAUUGCAAUAUAUCGCAAAUGUGUAUCGUAUCGAAAUACAUAGCAAUAUAUUGUAUCGUGGCUAAUCUAUCGCGAUAUGUACACAGCCCUAUUAUAUACUGUAGCUUAGUGGUUUGAAUAUGGCGCUAACAACGCCAUGGUCGUGGGUUCGAUCACAGGGUAUUGCACAUACUUAGAAAAAAAAAUGUAUAGGAUAAUGCAAUGGAAGUCGCUUUGGAUAAAAGUGUCUGCCAAAUGCAUAAAUGUAAUAUAGAGACGUUUUCAUCUUAACAACAUAAACAAACGUUACUGCGCACUUUUGUGACCCCCAAAUUAACUUCCGGUACAUUAACAAAUAAUAGAGUGCCUGUAGAUUAUUUCUGAUAACAAUCAAAAGAAACCGAGAAGAACCGUGUCGCUCCAAUAUUUUUAAUUUAGACUGCGAUACCAAGCUCAACCGCUAGAUGUCAAUGAACCACACGGUUUGUUUAAAUGCGACCAAAAUACAGGACCCAUUCAACAAAUUGUUUAUUUAAUAAAAUGAAUAUACAACAAAAUUCAACAAAUCGUUUAUUUAAUACAAUUAUUACACAGUAAAAUAAUAAUAUAUAUUAAUAUUAACAUAAAUUAAAUAUAAAUAAUUAUAUUAUUAGAACCCAACACAAACCGGAAGUUAACUGGGGGGUCGAGCGUACGCACGUCUGAUGAAACGUUCUAUACUAGGUAAAUGUAUAGACAUACAGUUAGGGCCAUAAAUAUUUGGACAGAGGCACAUUUUUUGUUAUUUUAGCUGUGUAUCAAUAUGUUUUCGAAUUACAGUUUUAUAAUAGAUAUUGUCUUAAAGUGCACACUCCAGCUUUAUUUAGAGUGUAUUCACAUCCAGAUUAGCUGAAGGAUUUAGGAAUUACAGCUCUUUAAUAUGAAGCGCCCCCCUUUUUCAAGGGACCAAAAGUAAUUGGACAGUUGAAUAAAAAGAUGUUUUAUUCACAUGUAUGGGCUUUUCCUUAAAUAAUUUUGUCACAAAUGAAGCAUGUUAAAGGUCUGCAGUUGAUUCUACAUGUGGUGUACAUGUGGUGUUUGCAUUUGGACGCUGUUGCUGUGAACCCACAUUAUGGGGUUCAGGGAGAUCUCCAUGCAAGUGAAACAGACCAUAGUUAGAUUUUAAAAACACUACACAUCCGUCAGAAAGAUGCCAGGAACAUUAAGAGCGGCCAAAUCAACAAUUUGGGACAUUCUGGGGGAAAAAAACACACCGCUGAGCUCAGUAACAAAACAAUCCUAGGUGUCCAUAUGAGAUCAAAGUGGUGGAUGAUGACAUUAUCCUCUCCAUGAUAAAGAAAAACAUCUUCACAACUUCCAGACAAGUGAAGAAUUAAUCCGGAUGCUUCUGUCUUCUGUUACAUCACCAAAAAAACACCAGCGACCCAGUGCCUGAGGACGUCAUGCAUGGAAAUGGAAUCACACUGCCUGAACACUAUUUUACUGAAGAUGUUGUAUGCUCAUAUCAUGAGAUAUUCCAAGCCUUCUCCAUAUCUUUUAUUCUUUUUAGUCUUAUGCAGGCUGAAAUUAAUUUGAUCUCUCCAAAAAAAUGCUUUCUAGAGCUUGUUCGGCUAUUUCAGAAGUCUAAUCUACCCAUCCUAUUCUUGAGGC